ACGAGCAAAUUCAUAACGUAUAAACAACGAUAAAUUUCUCUCUCAGCUUAAUUUUAAUUUCUUAAAUUAGCAUGAAUUCUGAAUCUUGCUAAAGCAGAACUUUGAAAUUGAUCUUAUAAUGCAAAUGGAUGUGAAGUUCCCAACCCUAGCGUCGCAACAGCCACAGGAAUCAUUGGCGGUGGCGAACCCUAACACAAAUACCGAUCCGCCUCCGCAAUCAUCCAAGGCGGAGGCGCCACCGAAGCAGGUAGCGCUGGCGAUGGAGAGACUCACACAGGCUGCUCGUCACAUUGCGGACGUUCGGCUCGGUGCUGACCGCCUUCUGGAGGCUCUAUUCUUGGCGGCGCAGCCUCACCAGAGCAGCAAACCAGUCAAUUUGUUCAUCCAAGAAGACAACGCAAUGCGCCAGCAUCUCCAGGACCUCCGCUCCAUCGGAAAGCAACUGGAAGAAUCUGGAGUUUUGAAUGAGCAUCUUAGGUCGCGAAGUAAUUCUUGGGGUUUGCAUAUGCCGUUGGUGUGUCCUGAUGGUGCAGUGGUUGCCUAUGCUUGGAAACGCCAGCUCGCUGGCCAGGCUGGUGCUUCUGCUGUUGACAGAACAAGGUUAGCUCUCAAGGCCUUCACAGAUCAAAAAAGGCGUUUUUUUCCUCACCUUGAUGACAAACUAGACGAUCAGAAUAAUGAACCAGCAUCCAAAAAACAGUGUGUUUCCCAAGUCCUACCAGCCGAUAACCUUGAAGAGCUUAAUGACUGCAAAACAUUAUCAGAUGUUCUAAUGCGUUUGGAAAAAGAAGUGCCAAAUUUGAAAAUUUUCACCUAUGAACGACUAGAUUGGUUAAAAAGAGCUUCUUCGUUGCCCAGUUCAGCAAAUGAGAGUCCUUUUGAAUUAUUGAAGGAGCACAACUUUCAUAGUUCAAAUAAACUAAGACCGGGAUUGCAGAAUACUGUUGCUGCAGACAAGAUUGCUGUAAUCGAGUUGUUGUUUCCUUCUGUUUUCAGAGCUAUAGUUUCAUUGCAUCCAGUUGGUUCUAUUGAGCCCGAUGCAGUUGCUUUCUUUUCUCCAGACGAGGGAGGCAAUUACAUACACGCUAGAGGUUCUUCAGUUUAUCAGACAUUCAGACGCAUCACGGAGCAUGCUGUUAUGGCACUACAAUUUUUCCUCGGGAUAAGGACUGAAACAACUCUUUAUUAUCUUUUGCACUGGAUCUGCACGUAUCAAACUCUAUUUUCUAAAGCUUGCAGUAAGUGUGGACGGCUAUUGAUAAUGGAUAAACAAUUGGCUUUAUUAUUACCUCCUGUUAAUCGUCCGUACAGACACUUCUCACCUUCGGUAACUUCAUCAACGCAGCCCGUUUCCUCCACAGCAAAAGACCAGAAUGUGGAUGUCUCCACUGCCUAUCACGUUGGUUGUCAUUCAGAGGAUGCUUAGUUAUACCAAUUGUCUCGGUGAGGUUAUGAAACACAUAUCAAAAGUAACUAUUUCAAAAUCCCUAACCGUCUUUUUUUCUUUUUCCCUUUUUUUUUUCUCUUUAAUCGUAUUUGUGGUUUUUCUCAUCAUUAAGCAGCAGGUAGAAAUUGUCAGCUGAUGUAAAAUGUAACAGAAAAAUGUUAAUGUAAGUCUCACUCAAUUUUUCUCU